AUGGCUUCCAGACCCGAGCUCAAGGUUGAUGACGAGACUGGAUUCAUUCGUUUGUUUCGAUCUCUCCCAGCGAAACCGGACGGCAACAAUACUAUUCGUGUCUUUGAUCGAGUCGACUGGUACUCGGCGCAUGGAGAAGAUGCGGAAUUUAUCGCUCGGACUGUCUACAAGACAACCGCUGUUAUUAGAAACCUCGGUCGAAGCGAAAAUGUUUUGCCCAGUGUCACAAUGUCGACUACGGUUUUCCGCAACCUCCUUCGAGAAGCGCUAUUCAAGCUAGGCAAGAGAGUGGAGAUCUGGGAGACCAGUGGUAAAGGCCAGUGGAAACUGGCCCGUCAAGCUAGCCCUGGAAACCUGCAGGCAGUUGAGGAAGAGCUGGGCUCGGGGAUAGAUAGUCAGGGCGAUGGCGCACCCAUCAUCCUGGCUGUCAGAGUCAGUGCAAAGGCUGGCGAGGCCCGAAGUGUCGGCGUGUGCUUUGCAGACGCCAGCGUCAGAGAACUCGGUGUCAGUGAAUUCUUGGACAACGACCUUUAUUCCAAUCUCGAAAGCCUUCUUAUCCAGCUGGGCGUGAAGGAGUGUAUCGUGGCGGGAAGUCUCCAGAAACAGGAUCCCGAACUAGCAAAGAUACAGCAGAUUGCCGAUUCUUGUGGCAUUGCCAUUUCGGAGAGGUCUGCAGCCGACUGGGGAACGAAGGAUAUCGAACAAGACCUGGCAAGACUCCUGAAGGGUGAAAAUGCCAUGGGACUUCUACCGCAGACAGAACUUAAGCUCGCAAUGGGUAGUGCCGCUGCGUUGAUCAAGUAUCUGGGCGUCAUGACAGACCCCAGCAAUUUUGGGCAAUACCGGCUGUAUCAGCACGACCUGGGUCAGUACAUGAAACUGGAUGCAGCGGCGCUCAGAGCUCUGAACCUCAUGCCGGGUCCACGAGACGGCGCGAAAAGCAUGAGCUUGUUUGGGCUGCUCAACCACUGCAAAACCCCGAUUGGAGGCCGCCUACUUGCACAGUGGCUCAAACAACCGCUGAUGAAUCUGGCGGAAAUCGAGAAGAGGCAGCAACUAGUGGAAGCUUUUGUCACCGACACUGAACUUCGUCAAACCAUGCAAGAAGAACACCUGCGCUCAAUUCCUGACCUAUAUCGACUGGCGAAGAAAUUUCAGCGCAAGCAUGCAAAUCUAGAGGAUGUGGUUCGGGCGUAUCAGGUUGUUAUCCGGCUCCCAGGCUUCAUCGAGGCGCUCGAAACAGUCGUCGACGAACAGUAUCAAGUACCACUGGAGACACAGUAUACCUCAAAACUGAAAGAAUUAUCGAGCUUUCUUGGGAAAUUGGCCGAAAUGGUUGAGACCACCGUGGACCUCGAGGCCCUCGAUCGCCAUGAAUUCAUUAUCAAACCGGAAUUUGAUGAGCAACUCAAGGUGAUUCGAGCCAAGCUCGAUAAAGUACAGCACGCCAUGGAGGUCGAGCACCGUCGAGUGGGCAAAGAUCUCAGUCAAGAGCUUGACAAGAAGCUCUUUCUGGAGAAUCACAGAGUACAUGGGCACUGUUUCCGGCUUACGCGUAACGAAGCGGGUUGCAUACGGAACAAGAAGGAUUAUAAGGAAAUAUCAACGCAAAAGAACGGCGUCUACUUUACGACGAACGAACUGUCGGAGUUGAGGAGAGAGCACGACCAGCUCUCCGGAUCUUACAACCGAAAACAGUCGUCACUGGUAUCAGAGGUUGUUCAAGUGGCUUCAUCGUACACUCCAGUUAUUGAGCAGCUUGCUGCUAUUAUCGCUCACCUGGACGUGGUGGUCAGUCUGGCCCAUGCUUCCGUCCAUGCUCCCACAGCCUACGUCCGGCCGAAGAUGCAUAGACGGGGCACGGGGGAUACUGUCUUGAAAGAAGCGCGCCACCCUUGUAUGGAAGCUCAGGACGACAUCAACUUCAUCACCAAUGACGUCGAAUUGAGGCGAGACAGCUCCCGGUUUCUCAUCAUCACAGGUCCAAACAUGGGCGGUAAAUCGACGUACAUUCGCACGAUCGGUUGUAUUGCUCUGAUGGCCCAGAUCGGCAGCUUCGUGCCCUGCACAGAAGCAGAGCUGACGAUAUUUGACUGCAUCCUCGCUCGUGUAGGAGCAUCAGAUUCUCAACUCAAGGGCGUCUCGACCUUUAUGGCGGAAAUGUUGGAAACCGCAAACAUCCUGAAAAGUGCCACCAGAGACUCGUUGAUCAUUAUCGACGAGCUCGGCCGAGGCACGAGCACAUAUGACGGCUUCGGUCUCGCGUGGGCCAUCAGUGAAGAAAUAGUCGGGCAGAUCGGCGCCUUUGGGUGCUUUGCCACUCAUUUCCAUGAAUUGACCGCUUUAGCGGACAAGUUCCCGAAUGCGGUCAAGAAUCUCCAUGUUGUGGCAUUUGUGGGUGAUCAGGAUAAAGAUGUCGCCAUGACCAAUGGCGAGGGUGAGUCCGCUUCGAGUAAACGAAGGGAGGUCACCUUGUUGUACAGAGUUGAACCCGGCAUCAGUGACCAAAGCUUUGGCAUUCACGUCGCGGAGCUUGUGCGGUUUCCAGAGAAGGUGGUCAGCAUGGCGAGACGAAAGGCCGAGGAGUUGGAAGACUUUACGAGUGCCACCGGCGAACAAAAGCAGAACGAGUGGUCAAAGGAAGAUGCGGACGAAGCCAGCCAACUGUUGAAGGCUACGCUACAGAAAUGGAAAGAGCAGGUCGAAGGCAAGGACAUGACCAAGGACGACAAGUUACGGUUGAUGAGAGAAAUGGUCAAGGGUGACGAGAAGUUGAUGAGCAAUCCCUUCUUCCAGACUGUACAAACACUGUGA